AUGCUUCCCGGAAGUGCGGCGCGGGGCGGCAUGGAGGCGGCGGCGGCUGAGCAGCAGCAGCAGCUCCGCAGUCUACGGGACUUCCUGCUGGUGUACAACCGCAUGACCGAGCUCUGCUUCCGCCGCUGCGUCUCCGAUCUCGGCUACCGGCUGCUGUCGCGGCGCGAGGAGCGGUGCCUGGACGGCUGCGCCGGGAAGCUGAUCCGCGCCAACCACCGCCUGAUGGGCGCCUACGUGGCCCUCAUGCCCAGCAUCGUGCAGCGCCGCGCCGCCCGCAUGGAGGACACCGCAGAGCGAACGGCACCGGAGGGACCCGAAGCGUCCGCUGCCCACGCGGCUCCUGACGGCUCUCCUGCGGGACCCGCGGGUGCGGGCACGUAGCGGAGCCGCGAGUCUGGUGUGCCUCCGUGGCUGUGAGGUGGCAGCGGGACAGCCCGGGCCCAGCACGGCUGCUGGCAGCACGGCGGGGCCCCCCGAUGGCAGCCUCGAUGUGGAGUGGCAGAACUGCUCAGCACUGCGGCCGGGCCGCGCAGAGCCGGGUUCUCCUCCUCAUCUGCAGCAGCAGCUGGGUCUGCCCACCCUGCUGGCCUCAGCCCAUGGCAGUCUGCCGGCACUGGAAGUAGAAGGAAGGGAAUCCGUAGCAGCUGCUGUUCUGGCCAGGAGCUCCCAGCUGAACUCUCCGUUACUCCAGCACUGGGCUCUUGUUCUCCAGAACUGAUCCUCUGGUGUUUGUAGGAGACCAUUUCAUGGGGUUAAUAAAACCUGUCAUGAGUGUCA